UCUUGUUCAGUCUUGUUGGAUCUGUAGACACCGAUGGAGGUUAAUGUUGUACUUUAGAACUCAUAAGAAUGUGUAACAAGAAUAUUGUUUCACACAUUUGUCAAAGGAAUAAAAGAUAAAUGUUGUGUUAGUAAAUGAAAAUAACAAGUAUUAUUUCGUUAGUUUAAAAUUAAUCAAAUGUCGUAAAAAUGUUUGUCCUCGCAGAAUUGAAAGACACAGUCAGAAUUCCACCAUGGGAAUUCAAACGAAAAUUAAACGAUGCUGUUACCGAUGAACUUAACAGGAAACUAGCUAAUAAGGUUUAUCUCAAUGUUGGUCUUUGCAUUGCUUUACACGACAUAACAAAAAUCGAGGAAUCGUAUAUUUUUCCCGGCGAUGGCGCCUCUCAUACCAAAGUAAUAUUUCGAUUUAUUGUCUUUCGUCCGUUUAUGGAAGAAAUUCUAAUAGGAAAAAUACGUAGCUGUAGCGUCGAUGGUGUUCAUGUAACAUUAGGAUUUUUUGAAGAUAUUGUAAUUCCACCUCAUAAACUGCAGCAUCCUUCAAGGUUUGAUCAAAUGGAACAAGCAUGGGUAUGGGAGUAUGAUACAGGGGAUGGUGAAAAGCACGACUUAUUUAUGGAUGCAGGAGAAAUUAUAAGAUUCAGAGUGGUGAGUGAAACUUUCACAGAGGCAUUACCUACUGGGCCAAAUAUGUCUGGGGAAGGUGUUGAAAAGUCAGAAUCUAAAAACACAUCUCCAUACACUUUAGGAGGUGCUAUCGAUGAACCGGGUCUUGGAUUGCUAACAUGGUGGGAAAACAGCUAAUGUUAUCCAGUAAUGUUGAAUUCACGGUGCCGAUGACCCCCCCCCCCCCCCCCAUGGCAGUUAACAUGUUACAACUUUCUUCAAGCGGGAUCAACAACGCCCUAAACAUAAUCGUCGAAGUUGAACAAUAUACGUAUAAUAAAAAUUUUAUCACAGUUCUAA